UCCCACUUGGAAUUUUUAUAACUAAUUCAGCUUCAAAAAAACAAAUGUACACAUAUAUAACGGGCACAAAAAGUUCAAGUGCAUUAAUUAUCGGCGAAAGGCCGUGCGCGACGGGACUGUAAGUUGACAAUUGCUCACAGCUGUUCCAGGUGCCAGCCAACAAUAUUCACAGAGGUUUUGGACACAAGGUUCAAUACCGUUAAUUAUAGCACGGUGCACACUGCAGUAGGACAUAUAGAUAGAAAGAUACAUAGAUGUUUAAGUUUAUGCUGAACGACGCUAUUGGCUACGUGCGCAACAAUGUGCGUGAUAUUAGCCUCAAUGCGCUGCGACUGCUACCACAUUUGCCGCAACUGAGUCCAUACGAUGUUAAUUUGGUUCUAAGAGAGAACGAGUUCAUUUUUAAUUUUCCACUGGACGGCGUUAUCCACAGCUAUGAAACAAAUCAAUUAGGCUCGAAUACACCCUGUGAAGAUUCACGCACAGAGGCUAGUCUGCUCUUCAGAAAUGGCUUCAUAUGCGGCAUUUUCGAUGGUCAUGGUGGAGCAGCCUGCGGUCAGGUGGUUUCCAAGCGUCUCCUCCGCUAUAUAUCCGCCGCAACGCUACCGCGCCAGGUUCUGAAGGACAAAAUGCAGAAGGGCUGCACCAGCCAGUCAUUUCUGAAGUGCCAUAACGACAAUGCCGACUUUGUGAACGAGAUCAAGCCCAUCUAUGAGCACAGCUUUAACAAGUACAUAACAGAGCUGAUCAAAGAGCCGCAGCGGGAUGUAACCAGUGAGCUUCAGCACGCGUUUGUCCAUCUGGACGAGUCGUUGGCACAGGAGGCGCUCGCAACUCACGAUGUGCGCACCAUGGGUGUAGCUUUGUCCGGAGCUGUUGCUUGUUUGGUCCACUUGGAGGGGCUGCAGUUGCAUGUGGCAAGCACCGGCGAUUGCGGUGCUGUUCUGGGUAUUUUGGAUCCCGUGACAAAUCAGUGGCAACCAAAGAAACUCAAUACUGAGCACAACGCGGACAACAUGCAGGAGGUGCAGCGCAUAUUGGACGAACACCCCAAGGAGGAGCGUGAUACGAUUAUUCGAAAUGGUCGCCUGCUCAGUCAGCUGGCGCCGUUGCGUGCCUUCGGCGAUUAUCGCUAUAAGUGGUCCGUAGAGACACUGCAACAACAAGUAGUGCCCAUGUUUGGCGAACACAUGAUGCCGCCACAUUAUUUUACGCCUCCGUACCUGACGGCCCGGCCAGAUGUGCAACAUCAUGAGCUGGAUGUCAACGAUAAGUUUCUAGUCAUUGCCAGCGAUGGCCUGUGGGAUUUUUUAUCGCCAUCCGAGGUCGUCAGUCUGGUGGGUCAGCACGUUAACUCGAAAAAGAUCCAAGAGCCGAUGCGUCUGGAAAAUGGUGAUGUCACCUUGCAGGAAAUAUCGGAUAAGCUUGCAGAGCGCAAGGCUGGCCUUAAUCGUAAGCCGAUCGAUUCAAAUGCGGCCACGCAUUUAAUACGUCACGCACUGGGUGGCACGGACUAUGGCAUCGAACACUCGAAGAUCUCCUAUUAUCUGUCGCUGCCGAAGGAUGUGGUGCGUCUGUACCGCGACGAUAUAACCAUUACGGUUAUCUACUUCAAUUCGGAUCACAUAGCCAAGCUGAAGAAGGAUGAGAAGGGCAUAUCGUCAAAGGUUACAGGCGCGUAAAGCGCAGCACUUCCGAUUUGUCCGGCGGAAUUCGAAGACUAUGUGUAUUUAUUUGCCAGAGCGCUUACUACCUAACUGUAUCGUCAUUAAGUUUUGUUUAUUUUUACAAUUAAAAUGCAAGAAUAUUAUAUUUUA